AUGGUCAAUACUGGCCACCCCAGUAAGGCAUGCAAGCUCUGUAGGUCGCGACGUAUAAAGUGCGACGAGACCAAGCCGGCAUGUCUGAAGUGCGCUAAAGCAAACCGCGUGUGCCCCGGGUAUCGUGAUGCUUUCGAGAUCAAUCUUCGCGAUGAAACACAGUCAACCAUCCGCAAAGCCAAGUCAGCAGCUAUUCGAAAAGCAUCCAAAGAAGGCCUUUCGAACACUGCCGAUGGUUCCGGAGAUGGCUUGAUCAAUGGCAUUGCCGCCAAUUCUCCCGACUGGCCUCCGGUAGGCAGGCAGCACGCCGUUAAACCGACCGCCAACUCGUCAUCAUCAUCAUCUUCAUCAUCAUCAUCCCCCUCCGCCUCCGCAUCCCCGUCCUCUUCGUCAUCAUUCUCUCAGAUCAUCCUGAAUAAAAAGAGCUAUGAGGCCUAUCGAAGAUCACGCUCAGUCGAAGUCGAGAGGCUCCCGCGUGGUCUCGACACCCCCCUAGACGAACAAGCCACCUGCUUCUUUCUGUCAAAUUACGUCCUCGUACCACCAGCCGGUGUUGGCCACGGCAUUUUCACAUUCCUAAUCCCGCUCAUUGACUCACCCAGAUACAAAGCAUCGCCAAUGCACUCAGCGUUCACUGCCGUCUCGAUGGCUGCGCUGGCAGGCCGUCCAAACUCGCGCUCGCUCUUCUCCGUCGCGCAUGUGCACUACACCAGAGCGCUCGAGCAGUUGACGCGCGCCAUGCAAGAUCAAGACCAAGCCAAGCAAGACACGUCUCUCGCGGCAUCCAUUUUGCUGGCAUUUUACGAGGGACUCGCUAACGACGAGUACGAAAUGUCGGCCUUUUCGAAGCAUAUCAGCGGGGCAGCCGCCAUGAUCAAGCUGAGGGGCCCCAGGUUGAUAGAGUCACCUUUGGGAGUGGCUAUGUUUGAGGUUGUCCGAGCUUCGGCUUACAUGUUCUUCUCGGAGUGUUCCAUCGAGGACAUCAAAUGGUGGGCUGGACAUGCUGUGGCCGAGAGUGUCGGGCACCAAGCCCUCACCCUCAAUCUACAGACGACCUUGAUCCGUGCUGAAGCAGACCACUUGUUCCAGGGCGCUCACUCUGCCGAAAAGGUCGAACGUGCCCUUGAACUUUCAAAGAAAGCGCGAGCUCUUGAUGGUGAGAUCGUCAAAUGGUUUGAAGCUUGUCCUCCGGCAUGGAAGCGUGGGUCGGCAGGGACCGCGCCGCCGCUGCGAGGCUCGUUAUCGAAUCCCAUCAAGUCCUCAACGUCAGCAUCUGCCUACACGCCCUCUUCAGCGUACUCACCAUUUCACAAUACGUUUUCGGCCCCUACACCGUCCUCCAGAGCCAUGUUUCCACUCUCGUCAAGCCCGACCCGCCUCGACCCUUCGGAAAGUUCUCCAUGCGAGCCGACCCCGACGCAGGCGCAAGAUGAGGCGGACAUGUGGUACAAGAACCUCACUGCCUAUCCAGACCUCGAAAUCUACACUUAUCCGAAUGUCUGGGCUGCCGGCAAAUACAUCACCACCCACGUCUCCCGCCUGCUGCUGGCGCAGAUCACAGCCCGCUGCAUUGCAUGGACAUGCCACCCAGCCGAUCCGUUCCAUACCGAAGGAUAUCGCAAGGUGCAAGCUAUAGGCAGAGAGCAGGUCGAGGAGAUCAUCUCAUCAACACCUUACUUGACUGGCUGGGCGGGCGACUCGACGACAACGCCGUACUUUCCCUGCGGCACCGCUGAGAUGCCCAAGGGGCUAGCGAGCGUGACCUGCAUGUGGCCCCUCCUCGCGGCAGGCAUGAGCCGUUUUGCUAAUAGGAGUCAUCGGGCUUUUGUCAAGGGGCGGCUCACUCAUAUCGGCGAAAUGAUGGGCAUUCGGCAGGCUGAGGUCUUUUCAAAGAAUAUCGACAUCAACACUCGUGGCCCAGAUCGACAUAACUGUCAACUUUCUGAUUUAUCUUUCCACUUCAGACACUAA